AUGCCAUUGUUUGAAUUCCACGAUUUGCGUCAAUUGCAAAAGGAUGAUGAUGUAAGAACAGAAUCCUCUCGAGAGCAAGCCAGUACUGAAGGAACCUUGAACAAAUUCUAUAAUCCAUACAUUCAGAAACAAGCAUUAUUCUUUGAUUCAUUGGUUUUAUUUAUUGAAGAACAUACAAAAUUUGCUAAAAAAGGUCUCCGAACCCUUCCAUCAUAUUUUGAUUCAUUGGAUGCUAGUAGACCAUGGUUUUGCUUUUGGUGUUGCAAUGCAUUGAGCAUGCUCCCUAACUUGGGAAAUGAUCCAACACUUGUAUCGGAUUUUAGUAAUUUUCUUGGAAAUUUCUGUCAAGACAAGGAAAAGGGUGGAAUUGCAGGAGGUCCAGGACAAUUAUCACACGUUGCACCUACAUUUUCUGGUACUAUUGCAUUGUGUGCUUUGAAAGCAAACCAAGGAUUGGAUUUAAUUGACAAGCAAAAAAUGUAUUCUUUUUUAUAUAGUUUGAAAGAUCCUGUCUCUAAAGGAUUUAGAAUGCAUGUGGAUGGUGAAGUUGAUACAAGAGGAUGUUUUUGUGCAUUAAUUGUUGCUACUGUUUUGAAUAUUAUGGAUGAUAAAUUGACAGAAGGUGUAGCAGAAUAUAUUGUCAAUUGUCAAACUUAUGAAGGAGGUAUUGGAGCUUAUCCAGGAGUUGAAGCACACGGUGGAUACACUUAUUGUGGAUUGGCAGCUAUGAUGUUCAUGAAGAAAGCUCACCUUCUCGAUUUAGAUUCAUUAACACACUGGCUUGCCAGAAGACAAAUGUCAUAUGAAGGAGGAUUCCAAGGAAGAACAAACAAGCUGGUAGAUGCUUGUUAUUCGUUUUGGGUUGGUGCCUCUUUCCCUCUCUUAGAAGCUGCUUUAGUUUCCCUUAAGGAUCCAAAAGACAGAACUGAAUUAGAUCAACAAAUUCUCGAUUAUCUUCAAUGGCAACCUCCAACUUUGGACUCGGAAACCAGAAUCAAAUAUACACCAAAGACAUUCAGUUUGAAGGACACUUUGAAAAAAAUCAAAACCCACCACAAUUCUGAGGAGUAUUGCCAAAUUGAGGAAAUGGAGGCAACAGAACCAUAUUUGGAUUUGCAAGAUUCAGAAUGGAUGUUCAAUCAAACAGCCUUACAGGAAUAUCUUCUCUUGUGUUGCCAACAAGAGUCAGGAGGUCUUCGUGACAAACCAGUCAAACAACCAGACUUUUAUCACACUUGUUACGCCUUGUUUGGUUUAUCAAUUUCUCAACACAAUCCAAGUGGUUCUCUGGCUGUUUUGGGCGAUUGCAAAAAUCUUCUCAGACAAAUCAAUCCUCUCUUCCAAAUGUGUACAGAUAGUGUUUCAAAUGUUUUGAAUUAUUAUGGAGGUAGAACGAGUGUGUAA